CUGAAGGAGGAUGAGAGUCUUCCGGACCAGUUUGAUGUGGAGCGGCGUCUUGAAUCACCGGCGGCCGUGGCUCCCUCCUCCGUCCCGCCGGCCGCUCCACGUCGGCCAGCGGGCCUCCCUCACCAAAGCCUUCUCGUCCCGCGACGUGGAGCUGUUCGCCGAGCUGACGGGCGACACCAACCCCCUCCACCUGGACCGGGCCUACGCCAGCACCACCUCCUUCGAGACGCCCAUCGUCCACGGCGUCCUCAUCAACGGCCUGAUCUCGGCCGUGCUCGGCACCAGGAUGCCCGGCCGCGGCUGCAUCUUCCUGUACCAGGAGAUCCGCUUCCCGGCGCCGCUCUACAUCGGCGAGGAGGUGACGGCCGAAGCCGAGGUCCGCAAGAUCAAGAUGUCGUUCGCCUUCAUCGCCGUGACGUGCUCCGUCCAGGACAAGGUGGUGAUGGAGGGGGAGGUGAUGGUGAUGAUGCCCGAGGAACAGCAGAAGAAGAAGGAGUGAGAGGAGGAGGAGGAGGAGGAGGAGGAGGAGGAGGAGGAGGAGGAGGUCAGACGCCACAGCCCCCUGAUGUGACAGUUGUGGCAGUGAUUUAAAAAAUGGUCGCUGCAGCACCAAUGUGUAGCUCGGCGUCUCCCAAGAUGAUUUGGUCGCAGCGGGUUUUUUCUACAUGAUGGAAUUUGCUCCAUAUCGGCUUCAUUCUGUGAUUUUUGUUGGUUAUUGAUCACGUAGUUAAAGGCCGGCGAGAAGAAGUGCGUCGGCACAGAGCAGCUACCAGAGAGGAUUUAUUGUUUAGAUGUUUGAAUUUGUCAGAUCUGCUCUGUAUUUUGUUUAAUGUGGAAUAUUGUUGAAUAAAAACUUGAGAGUCUU